GCACCCGAUAGUCUCCGUUCUUUGGCGGUUGUAGACCCGAACUGAGAAGAUGGGGAAAGACCGAAGCAAAGCUCCGGAAGACGAAAACGGAGCACCGGUUAACAAAGGCCGCGACUAUACGUCCGAAUCCGGACCGGAGUCUAGGUCCGAGUCCGAUGAAGGGUCCAAAAAGUCCGAAAGAAGCAGACAUAGCAAGAGAGACCGAAGCAACAGGAAGAGAAGCCGAAGCUCAAGUAGAAAAGCGGGAGAUGAUGAAGACGAUAGCUACACGUCACCAUCUGAGUCGGAGUCUGACUCGGAUUCGUAUUCUGAUACGGAGUCGGGAAGCUCCGAGGACUAUUCGGAGUCGGAGGACGAGAGGAGGCGAAGGAAAAGGAGAGAGAGGAAGAAGAGGGAGGAGAAGGAGCGGAGGCGGAGGAAGGAGAAGGAGAAGAAGAGGAGAAGAAAAGAGAGGGAAGAGAAAGAAGAGAAAAGAAGAAGAAAGAAGAAAGAGGAGAAGAAGAAGAAGAAGAAGAAGAGCGAUAAAGGCAAAACAGGAGCCGUCACAAAUUUAUGGGGCAAAUAUGGGAUUAUCAGAGAAACUGAUAUGUGGAAUAAGCGACCCGAGUUCACUGCAUGGUUAGCAGAAGUGAAGAAGGUGAAUCUGGAAAGUCUUCCAAAUUGGGAGGAGAAGCAAAUGUUUAAAGAAUUCAUGGAAGAUCACAAUACUGCUACAUUCCCUUCUAAAAAGUAUUACAAUCUCGAUGCUUAUCACAGACGCCAGAUGGAAAAGGAAAUAAAGAGAGGUUUAAAGAGAGGUUCCAAGAAAGUCCGGGUGACAGAACGUACUGUAUUUAAUGAUGAAGAACAGCGCAGGUUAGAAAUGCUGCAAGAACGUGAAAGACAGAAGGAAGAACAGGUUGAAGCGUUGAAGCGCUCGAUGCAAAGUGGAAUGGCACAAGCGAUGAAAGAGCAGGCUCAACUCAAGGAAGAGAUGGCAUACCAAUACAAGAUUGGCAACUUUGAGGCUGCAGCUGCGAUCCAAAGAAGGCUUGACCCAGAUGUUGCAAUGUAAUUAGGCCUUUGAAAGUUUGUCAAUUGACUUAAAUUUGCCAGUUGCGAAGUUUACGUGACGGAAUUUGGGAUGCUGAGAGCUUUCAGAAAGUCCCCGUAUCUAUCUUCUUGGCAGAGCGGGAGAUGGAGAAAUGCUAAUGAUCUGAACUUUUCCCAAGUGCAACCUGAUAUGCGGAUCCAUCCUGUAGAAUUAUAAAAGUGAGAGAGAGAGCCACAGCAAAUUUAUUUUAUCUGUCAUCUGUGAUCAGAGGAAGAGCAAGAAGGGUGAUGUACUAUUACUCUAUUCUGUCUUCUGCGAAGGCACGCACUUACUGCUGUGACAGCAGAUUGUGGCAAUAAUUUGAUGUUCAGAAUAGUUAGGACUGAUGACGACACACCUCCCUCUGUGUCCAGAUUGGUUGAGAAGCAAUUUUAUUGCGUUAGUUAUCGCGCUAGUCACGCAACAUUAUUAUUA